GCCAACUGAUUUCCCCGCGCGGGAGCAACACCGCCAUGUCUAAGGCAACACCAUCACGGCUGUCGGGAGAGACACGUCCUACGAGCCCCCCGAUUCGUUGGUUUUCGAAGGGCCAUGUCUCUUCCGCCUAUCAUCACGCUCCCGUACUGGUCGGAGCCUGGGAUCUCUUAGGGCUGACGGAAGAAGGGUGGAUCGACGGCUUCGCAAGGCGCACGGAAGGCGAAGCACGGGGAGAUAAGAGUCUAUACCCGAUUAGGAGAAUACUCUGGCCAAGACUCGAUGCCAAGCGAGGCGUCUCCCCAAGGGUUGGGCAUCGUGGCGGCAGCAAGGCACCCGCACAACGUCCAAAACGAAGGGCUACAUAAGAAUCCCCAAGCCUUUGCGGAUCUAACAGACCUAGCCUUACCCAAGAAAGCUUGCGACCGCUUCGUCCCGUCGACUUCUUAUUUCUCCAUUUGGCAUCGUCUGGGCCCCAUCAACCAAUAGAGCAGAUGACCCGUCUGCAACUCCUAUCGUGAUCGUUAUUCGGACAGAUCCGCUCAUCAAACGCCAUGUCUCCGACAGCCUUAACCGUGACGGCCCCUGCAUCACCCGAGUCCCCCGAGCGCCGCCGUUGUUGGGAAUGUCUCCGCCGUCGCUUGGUCUGUGACGCCAUCAAGCCUGUCUGCAACAAGUGUCGAACGGCAGGGAUUGUUUGCCCCGGCUACGACGACAAGAAACCACUCACUUGGCUUGCCCCGGGCAAGGUCACAUGCCGCACUCGGCGAAAACCUCGCAGUGGGGAGACCGACGCCGAUAGCAAGAAACCCAUUAGGCCAAAGUCAAAGACAUUGAGGAAGGGUUUGGGUAGAACUUUGAGUGAGGAGGAGCAAAGAAUUUUUGAUGGGGUUGAAUACAUUCUUCACUCGGAUCUCAGAACCGAUAUCUGUGACGUUUAUGAGGCCGUUCAGUAUUACAACGCCGUCUUCUACCCCUACACCAGGGCUGGACAUUCGGGCAACGCCAACGUGUUCAUCGACCAAAUACCUCUGAAGGUGGUAAAAUACCUGCCGACGUCUAUAGCACACAACCUGGUGGCUAUCGUGUUUCAACACCGGCUGCAUGUGCAGAUGGAAUGGAAAUUCGACUGCCCCUCGGCCAAACACGCCCAAGCUCGACUACACCACCAUCGCGGCAUUUCCAUCCGCGCUCUCAACGAGGAUAUUGCCAAUGCCAAGACACAGAGCAGCGACACGGUACUGACAGGUGUCACUUUACUUAUGCAGUCUGAGAUAACGUCAUGCAUAUCACCCAAUUGGAAGCAUCAUGCCACCGGCUUUCUUGCCAUGCUCGCCUGUCGCGGAGGUGCCACAGGCUGGCUCAAGUCUGCGGGUUACUUGAGAGGUGUUCUUUUGUCCUUCUUGAUAACAAUGGUGGUUGCAAACACAACAAGCCCCUCGUUUGAUCAAGUAGAAAUUUGCUCCCACAAAGAGCUUAUCGCCAUGACGGAGGAAUUGUAUCCUCUGGGUUUGCACCCUUCCAUACCUUGUCCAAUGACCCUCUUCUUAGAGAUCAUCCGGAUCAAUCAUCUCCGGUACCAGUUUUCGAAGGGGUUGAUCAGCAAGGAAGAAGCCGAGGUUUCUGCCGACAAGAUCAUCAGCAGGAUCAUGGAUUUCAACUCGGAAGACUGCACCGGCUUCUACGAAGCCAAAGAGCAACGUGACCUGAUUACUCACAUGUUUCAUUCGGCGGUUGCUGUAUUUGGCAUCUCCUCUCUGCAGAGUACCGGGGUUCUUCCCAACACGAGGUACCUGAAGUCGCUGAAGACAGGGCACAGCGACCGUUUGUACUGCCUAUUGGAAGAAAUGAGGAAGCACACGGUCCUCAAGAAGUCGGUACAGUGGCCUUUGAUAGUCGCCGGCGUCGAGGCAGGAAUCAGAGUAGACAAGCGACGGCUUGUUGGGGAGCUCCUCGUAGACCAGGGGAAGGACAUUGGCACGCCCCUUUCUUUCCACGCCAAGACCAUACUACGGAAGUUCUGGGACGGGACCAACACGGAUUGGGAUGUUUGUUUCGAUCAGCCUUAUGCGUUGGUGGCUUAGCUUAGGUCUCACUUUAUAGAGAAGCAGUUAGAUUCAAAUCUUCACAGGUUUAUAAACAUCUCUAGGUAAAC